AUGAAAACAAGGAAAAGAUCAAUAGGAGAUUAUGAGGCUUAUCCUUUAAAACAUCAAACGGAAGAUCACAGUGAACUGCAAGUACAUAAUGAAAAGGUUAUUACCUGCAAAAUUGAAUAUAUGAAUGACGAAGCUUUGGUAAUCAAGGAAGAAAUUUCCACAGGGAAAUCAAAGAGUGAUUUGCUGGAAAUAGAAAGAAGAUCAACAAGAAAAUAUCAAGUAUAUCCUUCAAAACACCAGUGGGAAGACCACAAUCUACUGCCUAAAAGUCAAGAAAAGGAUGUUACGUCCGAAAUUGAAUAUAUAAAUGUCGAAACUUUGAAAAUCAAAGAAGAAAUUACCAAAGAUUAUUGGAAUUUAUCAAAAAGAGACGUAAAACCAAAACCAGAAAGCAAGCCGACAAUUCAAGAAUCAAACAUUGAAUCGGAAAAGAAAUACGAAUGCAAAAAAUGUGCGCGGUGCUAUACACGGAAAAAAUAUUUAACUCGUCAUCAAAAAUUCGAAUGCGAUAUUACGCCACAGUUUAAAUGUAAAUUCUGUGGCAAACUAUUCAAACAGAAGGACCACAUGAGUACCCAUAUACGAGUAGUUUGCAUGCACAAAAAAAAGAACUCUAAGCCAUCGCAAGCGAGGUUCAAUUGUGACAAAUGUCCUCGAAGUUACAUUUCAACAAGUUCUUUAUAUAAACAUAAACUUUUAGAACACGCAGCAGUAAAACCACAAUUUAUUUGCAAAUAUUGUGGCUACAAAACGAGCCGGAAAUUUGUUUUGUCAAGGCAUAUUACUAGACACCAUGUUAAGUUAUUUAGUAGGCAAAACUUUGAACCUUAG